ACACACACACACACACACAGAAUGCAGGCUUGGGCAGUGAACAGUGUGUGAGACAGUUUGUGUGAGUGAUAAAGGGAACACACCAUGGCUGAAGGUGGGGAAGGAGAUGAAGAGAUUCAGUUUGUACGGACGGAGGAUCAGGUGGUGCUGCAGUGUACAGCCACUAUACUGAAGGAACAGAUUAAACUCUGCUUGUCCUGUGAGGGUUUUGGAAAUCGACUCUGCUUCCUCGAGGCAACAUCUAAUGCUCAGAAUGUCCCACCUGAUCUGGCCAUUUGUGUCUUCAUCCUGGAGCAGUCGUUAUCUGUACGAGCUCUACAGGAGAUGCUCUCUCACACCAGCGAGGAUGUGGAUUUGGAUAAAUGGUCUUCACAAGGUGGAGGCCAUCGGACGCUGCUGUAUGGACACGCCAUCCUGCUCAGACACACACACUCGGGCAUGUAUCUGAGCUGUUUGACAACAUCACGGUCUCUCACAGACAAACUGGCCUUUGACGUGGGCUUACAGGAAGAUUCGGCAGGUGAGGCAUGUUGGUGGACGAUCCAUCCUGCUUCCAAACAGAGGUCAGAGGGUGAGAAGGUCAGAGUGGGUGAUGACCUCAUCCUGGUCAGUGUGUCAUCGGAAAGAUACCUGCAUCUGUCCUAUGCGAGUGGAGAUCUGAUGGUGGACGCCUCCUUCAUGCAGACUCUGUGGAACGUCAACCCGGUGUCCAGUGGAUGUGAGCUGGUUGAAGGGUAUUUAACUGGAGGAUACGUGCUUCGGCUCUUUCACGGACACAUGGAUGAGUGUUUAGCCAUUCCUGCUGCUGACCAGGGGGAUGAGCGCAAAAAUGCCCAUUAUGAGGGAGGAGCUGUGUGCAGUCAUGCAAGAUCUCUGUGGAGACUCGAGCCUCUCCGCAUUGGAUGGAGUGGUGGUCAUAUUAAAUGGGGGCAGCCUUUUAGAGUGCGUCACAUCACUACGGGGCGAUAUCUGUGUUUAGAUGAUGAAAAAGGGCUGUUGGUGGUGGAUCCAGAGAAAGCGAAUACACAGAGCUCUGCAUUCUGCUUCCGAGCCUCAAAGGAGAAGACAGAAGUGGCUCAGAAGCGUGAUGUAGAAGGGAUGGGUGCUCCAGAGAUAAAGUAUGGGGAGUCCAUGUGCUUUGUGCAACACGUAGCUACAGGCCUGUGGCUCACCUACGCCUCUGUAGAUGCAAAAUCUGCUCGUCUGGGGCCUGUGAAGCGGAAGGCAAUUCUUCAUCAGGAAGGUCACAUGGAUGAUGCGCUGACUGUUGCUCGCUCACAGACUGAAGAGUCUCAGGCUGCUAGAAUGAUCUACAGCACUGCUGGACUCUUCACUCAGUUCAUAAAAAGUUUAGACUCUCUGAGUGGAAAGAAUAAAAGCAGCGCUCCACCACCACCACCACCACCACCACCACCUCUCCCACUGGAUUCUGUUGUCCUCUCGCUCCAGGAUCUGAUCUUCUACUUCAGAUCACCAGAGGAGGAGCUGGAGCACGAGGAGAAACAGAGCAAACUGAGAUCUCUCAAAAAUCGACAGAAUCUGUUUCAGGAAGAGGGGAUGAUAACUCUGGUGUUGGACUGCAUUGAUCGUCUGAAUGUCUACAACACUGCAGCUCAUUUUUCCGAGUUUGCUGGAGAGGAGGCAGCUGAGUCCUGGAAGGAGAUUGUAAACCUGCUCUACGAGCUGCUGGCGUCUCUGAUUAGAGGGAACAGGGCAAAUUGCGCACUCUUCUGUGACAAUCUGGACUGGCUGGUCAGCAAAUUAGACCGACUGGAGGCGUCAUCAGGCAUCCUGGAAGUGCUGUACUGUAUUCUCAUCGAAAGCCCCGAGGUGUUAAACAUCAUCCAGGAGAACCACAUCAAGUCCAUCAUUGCUCUGCUGGACAAACAUGGACGUAAUCACAAGGUGUUGGACGUACUUUGCUCUCUGUGUGUGUGUAACGGUGUGGCUGUGAGGUCUAAUCAGAAUCUCAUCACAGAGAAUCUUCUGCCACGUCGUGACCUUUUGCUCCAAACACAAAUCAUUAAUUAUGUCACAAGCAUGAGACCAAACAUCUUCCUCGGGACCUGUGAAGGAUCCACACAGUAUAAAAAGUGGUAUUAUGAACUGAUCGUGGAUCACGUGGAGCCGUUCCUGACGGCCCAGGCAGGUCACCUGCGGGUGGGCUGGGCACUGACCGAGGGUUACAGCCCAUACCCCGGGGGAGGAGAGGGUUGGGGCGGUAAUGGUGUAGGAGACGACCUCUACUCCUACGGCUUUGAUGGCCUCUGUCUGUGGUCGGGACGUGUUCCUCGACACGUGGCAUCGCCCAGUCAGCACAUUCUGGCUGCAGAAGAUGUUGUGAGCUGCUGUCUGGACCUCAGUGUGCCCAGUAUCUCAUUUCGCAUUAACGGGCAUCCUGUUCAGGGCAUGUUUGAGAACUUCAACCUAGACGGCCUCUUCUUCCCUGUUGUUAGCUUCUCUGCUGGAAUCAAGGUCCGGUUUCUUCUGGGAGGGCGACAUGGAGACUUUAAGUUUGUUCCGCCGCCGGGAUACGCGCCGUGCUACGAGGCCGUACUGCCUAAAGACAGACUUCGUAUCGAGCCCAUUAAGGAAUAUAAAAACGACUUGAAUAACGACGUGAGGAACCUGUUGGGUCCAACACAGUCUCUGUCCCACACGGCCUUCACCCCCAACCCUGUGGACACUGUACAGAUUGUUCUUCCUCCACAUUUGGAGCGGAUCAGAGAAAAGCUGGCUGAGAACAGUCAUGAGCUCUGGGCUGUAACUCGUAUAGAACAGGGCUGGACUUAUGGACCUUUCCGUGAUGAUAAUAAAAAGCUGCAUCCGUGUCUGCUGGACUUCCAGAGCCUUCCAGAGCCAGAGAGGAACUACAACCUGGCCAUGUCUGGAGAAACACUCAAAACUCUUCUUGCGCUGGGUUGCCAUGUUGGAAUGGGAGAUGAGAAAGCAGAGGAAAAUUUAAAAAGGAUCAAACUGCCCAAAACCUACACACAGAGCAACAGCUACAAACCUGCCCCUCUGGACCUGAACCAUGUUAAACUGACCCCCAACCAGAACACACUGGUGGAGCGACUCGCUGAAAACGGGCACAACGUAUGGGCACGUGACCGAGUGCGACAGGGCUGGACAUACAGCAUCGUACAGGACAUAGUGAACAAGAGGAACCCACGCCUCGUACCAUACAAUCUCCUGGAUGAGAAAACCAAGAAGACAAACAGAGACACUGUGUGUGCUGCGGUUCGAACCUUGAUCGGUUACGGCUACAACAUCGAGCCUCCAGACCAGGAGAGCAGCGGCCAUGUCGGUAACGGGACUAGGAAUAAGAUCCGCGUGUUCAGGGCUGAGAAGUCGUACGCUGUGACUCAGGGAAAAUGGUACUUUGAGUUUGAGGCAGUGACUGUGGGUGAGAUGAGGGUCGGCUGGGCGAGACCCAAUGUCCACGCUGAUACGGAGCUCGGGGCAGAUGAUCUCGCCUAUGUCUUUAACGGCUGUAAGGCUCAGCGUUGGCAUGUGGGCAGCGAGCCCUUUGGUCGUCAGUGGCAGCCCGGAGACGUCGUGGGCUGCAUGAUCGAUCUUGCCGAGCAGAAUAUCAUGUUCACACUGAACGGAGAGAUGCUGAUCAGUGACUCCGGUUCUGAGAUGGCCUUCAAAGACAUUGAGAUUGGAGAAGGUUUCGUUCCUGUGUGUAGUCUGGGCCUCUCUCAGGUGGGCCGUCUCAACCUGGGCCAGAACGUCGGCAGCCUGCGAUAUUUUACUAUCUGUGGCCUGCAAGAAGGCUUCGAGCCCUUCGCCAUUAACAUGAAGAGAGACAUCACCACGUGGUUCAGCAAAAGCCUGCCACAGUUCAUUCCUGUUCCCACUGACCACCCUCACAUCGAGGUAUCCCGUGUGGAUGGCACAGUGGACAGCGCCCCCUGUCUGAAACUGACCCACAGGACAUAUGGAUCCCAGAAUGCCAAUACGGACCUUCUCUUCUUCAGACUGAGCAUGCCCAUCGAGUUCCACGAGGUGUUUAAGGUAGAGGCAGGGGCGACACCACUGACACGUGCCCUCACCAUCCCUGAGGACGAGGCCCUGGAGGUUGACCCCAACUCUGAGUAUGAGCUGUUAAAGAAGAGCGCCACUCGUAAAGAGCAGGAGGAGAAAGAAAAGGAAGUGUCUGUAGCCAAAGAUCUGCCAGGCACCAAGGAGGUGGAGAACGAGAAGGACACCACUACAGAGAAGAGCAAAAAGAGGGGAUUUUUCUCCAAAGCGAAGAAAGCUGCUUUUAUUGCUCCUCCACCUGUUGUUCCCACUGUCCCUCGUCUGGUGGUGGAUGUUGUCCCCGAUGAUCGGGACGAUGUGGAUAUUAUUUCCAGCACAACUACAUACUACUACUCAGUGCGUAUAUUUGCAGGACAGGAGCCCAGUGGCGUGUGGGUCGGUUGGGUUACUCCUGAUUACCAUCAGUACGACCCUCACUUUGAUAUCAGUAAAGUGAGAAAUGUCACAGUCACUGUGGGUGAUGAUAAAGGCAACAUACAUCACAGUAUGAAACGCAGUAACUGUUACAUGGUGUGGGGGGGGGAGUUCAGCGGCUCGCAGCAAACACGCAUCACUCAGGAGGACUUUGUAAUCGGCUGCCUUGUGGAUCUGGACACGGGUCUCAUGACCUUCACAGCCAAUGGGAAAGAGGUGAACACCUUCUACCAGGUGGAGCCCAACACCAAACUCUUCCCUGCGGUUUUCUGUUUGCCGUCCAGCCAGAACAUGCUGCAGGUGGAGCUCGGCAAGCUCAAGAAUAUCAUGCCUAUCUCGGCAGCCAUGUUUCGGAGCGAUCAUAAGAAUCCGGUCCCGCAGUGCCCCCCCCGCCUCGAUGUCCAAAUGCUGACCCCGGUGAUCUGGAGCCGCAUGCCAAACCACUUCCUGUCUCCUGAGACGGGCCGUGCUAGUGAGAGACUUGGCUGGAUGGUGCAGUGCACUGAGCCGCUCACCAUGAUGGCACUACACAUUCCUGAGGAAAACAAGUGUAUUGAUAUCCUGGAGCUUUCGGAGAGUACCGACCUGCUGAAGUUUCACUACCACACACUGAAACUGUACGGCUCGGUGUGUGCUUUGGGAAACAACCGUGUGUCUCACGCCCUCUGCAGCCAUGUGGACGAGUCUCAGCUCUUCUAUGCUAUAGAGAACCAGUACCUGCCCGGCCCGAUCCGCAGCGGCUACUACGACCUGCUCAUCUCCAUGCACCUGGAAUCAGCCAAGAGGAACCGCCUUAUGACUAACCGGGAGUUCAUCGUGCCCAUGACAGAUAAGACGCGCUCCAUCACGCUGAGGGCUCACACACUUCCUGCUGUUGGAUGCUCAACCUGCCUCAGACCCACACUGAACUUCUCACACACUGGCUUUGUGGGCACCAACGCUGACCUCUACACACUCAGCCCCUUCAUUCCACUGCAGAUUCUGAAGGACCACGCCCUGAGCAUGUUAACAGAGGCCGUACAAGACGGAGGCCAGGCAAUGCGUGACCCUGUAGGGGGCAGUGUGGAGUUCCAUUUUGUUCCUAUCCUGAAGCUGAUCAGUACGCUGCUCAUCAUGGGUGUGUUUGAGGACGAGGACGUGAAACACAUCCUCAAACUCAUCGAGCCCACCGUGUUCCGGGAGGACAAAGGCUCUCACGUGGCAGAGGACAAGAGCAGAGAAGGAGAAGAGCAGCAGAUUGCUUCGAAAGAGGAGAGAAUGGAAGUGAAGGAAAAAGAGGAAGCGGUGGAUGAGUGGACUGAGGACGAAGGGAUGGUAGAGGAGGAAGAGGAGGAAGAGGAGCAGGAAGAAGAGGAGGAAGACCAGACAGAACGUGAAGAUGAGGACGAGCACCCGGCACCUGAAAAAUCUGACAAAGAGAAAGCCAAGCACAGAGGGGCGGAGCCUAAAGCUGAGCUGGAGGCUGGGCCUACAGUGGGGAAGGAGGAGCCAAAAGAGGAAGAGGAAGUUGGGGAAGGUCUUCUGCAUAUGAAACUCCCAGAAUCUGUAAAGUUGCAGAUGUGUACUUUGCUGCAGUAUUUCUGUGACUGUGAGCUGCGUCACCGUGUCGAGGCCAUCGUGGCUUUCUCUGAUAGGUUCGUCACUCAGGUGCAGUCCAAUCAGAGGCUGCGGUAUAAUGAGCUCAUGCAGGCCUUUACCAUGACCGCUGCCGAGACGGCUCGCAAGACCAGAGAGUUCCGUUCACCACCACAAGAACAGGUGAACAUGCUGAUGAAUUUUAAGAAUUGCCCAGAUGAAGAGGACACUCCUGUUCCUGAGGAAAUCCGUGCUGAACUUCAGAUGUUUCACAGUGACCUACUGGGUCAUUGUGGUAUUCAUGUUGAGGAAGAAGAGGAGGAAGAGCACGUGGACACGUCUCUGCGUGGACGGUUCUUUAGGUUACUUGAAAAAGUGAAGCGACUACGAAGGAGAAAGCAGGAGACAGAGCUGGAGCCAGAAGAGGAGAAGAAACCCAGUACUUUACAGGAGCUGAUCUCACACACCAUGAUCCACUGGGCUCAGGAGUCCUUCAUCCAGGACCCCGAGCUGGUGCGGCUCAUGUUCAGCCUGCUGCACCGGCAGUAUGACGCUCUAGGAGAACUGAUCAGAGCUUUGCCCAAAGCCUACACCAUCAACGCCGUGUCCAUGCAGGACACUAUGGAGCUACUGGAGUGUCUCAGCCAGAUCCGCUCACUGCUCAUCGUCCAGAUGGGUCCUGAGGAGGAGAGGCUCAUGAUCCAGAGCAUCGGUAACAUUAUGAACAACAGAGUGUUUUACCAACACCCCAAUCUGAUGAGAGCACUGGGCAUGCACGAGACCGUCAUGGAGGUCAUGGUUAAUGUCCUGGGAGGUGGAGACUCGAAGGAGAUCCGUUUCCCUCGCAUGGUGACCAACUGCUGUCGUUUCCUGUGUUAUUUCUGUCGAAUCAGCCGUCAGAAUCAACGCUCCAUGUUCGAUCACCUGAGUUACCUGCUGCAGAACAGCGGCAUUGGCCUGGGUAUGCGAGGUUCUACACCUCUUGAUGUGGCUGCAGCUUCCUGUAUUGAUAACAACGAGCUGGCGCUGGCUCUUCAGGAGCAGGACCUGGAGAAGGUGGUGAAGUAUCUGGCUGGCUGUGGGCUGCAGAGUUGCCCCAUGCUCCUGUCAAAAGGUUACCCUGAUAUCGGCUGGAACCCGUGCGGAGGAGAAAAAUACCUGGACUUCCUCAGAUUUGCUGUCUUUGUUAAUGGAGAGAGUGUGGAGGAGAACGCUAACGUGGUGGUGCGUCUCCUGAUCAGACGGCCCGAGUGUUUCGGCCCCGCGCUCAGAGGAGAGGGAGGUAAUGGACUUCUGGCUGCUAUCGAAGAAGCCAUUAAGAUCUCAGAGGAUCCGGCUAGAGACGGACCCAGUGUGAAGAAGGACAGACGCUUCCCUAUGUUUGGAGGAGAAGAGCAACACGAGGAGAACAGAGUUCAUCUGGGAAACGCCAUCAUGUCCUUCUACGCCGCUCUCAUCGACCUGCUGGGACGCUGCGCUCCCGAAAUGCACUUGAUCCAGGCUGGGAAAGGAGAAGCUCUGAGGAUCAGGGCCAUUCUCAGGUCUCUGGUUCCCAUUGAGGACCUGGUAGGUGUUAUCAGUCUUCCCCUGCAGAUACCUGCGUUUGGGAAAGAUAACAGUAUUAUUGAGCCAAAGAUGUCUGCCAGUUUUGUCCCGGACCACAAGGCCCCCAUGGUGCUGUUCCUGGACAGAGUCUAUGGCAUCGAUAACCAGGAUUUCCUCCUACAUGUGCUGGAAGUAGGAUUCCUGCCUGAUAUGCGAGCUGCUGCGUCUCUGGACACGGCUGCCUUCAGUACCACAGAGAUGGCUCUGGCUCUGAACCGUUACCUUUGUUCGGCCGUGCUGCCUCUCAUCACUAAAUGUGCUCCUCUGAUUGCUGGCACCGAUCACCGCGCUAUCAUGAUCGACUCCAUGCUGCACACCAUCUACAGGCUGUCCCGAGGACGCUCGCUCACUAAAGCUCAGAGGGACGUCAUUGAGGAGUGUCUCAUGUCUCUGUGCAGAUAUCUGCGACCAUCUAUGCUUCAGCACCUUCUGAGAAGAUUGGUGUUCGACGUGCCGAUUCUAAACGCAUACGCCAAAAUGCCCCUGAAGUUGUUGACAAAUCAUUACGAACGCUGCUGGAAAUAUUACUGCCUGCCCAACGGCUGGGCCAACUUUGGUGUGUCAUCAGAGGAAGAGCUUCACCUGACUCGCAAACUCUUCUGGGGAAUCUUUGAAUCUCUGGCACACAAGAAAUUUGAUGCAGAAUUGUUUAAGAUCGCGAUGCCCUGCAUCUGUGCCAUCGCCGGUGCCAUACCUCCUGAUUAUGUGGAUGCCAGUUACUCUUCUAAAACAGAGAAGAAAGCGUCUGUGGAUGCAGAGGGAAACUUUGACCCCAAACCGGUGGACACGACCAACACCAUAAUUCCUGAGAAACUGGACGGAUUUAUCAACAGAUACGCAGAGUACACUCAUGAUAAAUGGGCGUUCGAGAAGAUCCAGAACAACUGGACAUUUGGUGAAGUGCUGGAUGAAAACGCCAAGACUCAUCCGAUGCUCAGACCAUACAAAACCUUCUCUGAGAAGGAUAAAGAAAUUUACCGCUGGCCCAUUAAAGAGUCCAUAAAGGCGGUGAUAGCCUGGGAGUGGACGCUCGACAAAGCCAGAGAUGGAGACGAAGACCGAGGAGAGAAGAAAGCGGCACGGAAAAUCUCUCAGACUGCACAGGCGACGUACGACCCGAGCCACGGCUACAACCCUCAGCCCAUUAACAUCUCUGGCAUGACUCUGUCCCGUGAGCUACAGUCCAUGGCAGAGCAGCUGGCUGAGAAUUACCACAACACCUGGGGGCGCAAGAAGAAGAUGGAGCUGCAGGCCAAGGGUGGUGGGACUCACCCUCUGCUCGUUCCCUACGACACGCUAACGGCCAAAGAGAAAGCUCGUGACCGGGAGAAGGCACACGAUCUGCUGAGGUUCCUGCAGCUGAAUGGAUACGCAGUGACGAGAGGGCUGAAAGACAUGGAAAGCGACAUUUCCUCCAUUGAGAAGCGUUUUGCUUAUGGAUUCUUACAGAAACUCCUCAAGUGGAUGGACAUUGCUCAGGAGUUCAUCGCUCAUCUCGAGGCGGUGGUCAGCAGCGGUCGUGUAGAGAAAUCGCCUCAUGAACAGGAGAUAAAAUUCUUUGCGAAGAUCCUCUUGCCUUUGAUAAAUCAGUACUUUAAGAACCACUGCCUGUAUUUUUUGUCCACUCCUGCUAAGAUCCUGGGCAGUGGUGGUCAUGCCUCUAAUAAGGAGAAAGAAAUGAUCGCCAGUAUAUUCUGUAAGAUGUCCGCUCUGGUGAGACACAGAGUUUUUCUCUUCGGCACUGACGCUCCUGCUAUUGUAAACUGUCUCCACAUCCUCGCUCGCUCACUCGACGCCAGAACAGUGAUGAAGUCAGGACCUGAGAUUGUGAAGGCCGGGCUGAGAUCUUUCUUUGAGAGUGCAGCUGAUGACAUCGAAAAGAUGGUGGAGAACCUCAAACUGGGCAAAGUGUCCAAAGGCAACCAGCCGGUGAAAGGCGUGUCUCAGAAUAUAAACUACACUACUGUGGCCCUGCUGCCGGUCCUCACUUCACUGUUUGAUCACAUCGCACAGCACCAGUUUGGAGAUGAUGUCAUACUGGAUGACCUACAGAUGUCCUGCUACAGGAUCAUGUGCAGCAUUUACUCUCUCGGCACCGUCAAAACUCCUCAUGCUGAAAGACACAGGCCGGCUCUGGGAGAGUGUUUAGCUCAUUUAGCUGCAGCGAUGCCUGUGGCUUACCUUGAACCUCAUCUGAAUGAGUACAACGCCUUCUCUGUGUACACCACCAAAACCCCCAGAGAGAGAGCCAUCCUGGGUCUGCCUAAUGAAGUGCAGGAGUUGUGUUUGGACAUCCCCGAGUUGGAUUUGUUGAUAAGGGAGAUCAGUCACCUGGCUGAAUCAGGUGCACGCUACACUGAGAUGCCCCACGUGAUAGAGGUAACCCUACCCAUGCUAUGUAACUAUCUGCCCCGCUGGUGGGAGAGGGGUGUAGAAAACCAUCCUGAGCUGGAGGGCAAACUCUGCACCCACGUCACGUCGGAGCAUCUCAACCAGCUUCUGGGCAGCAUCAUGAAGAUUGUCGUCAACAACCUGGGCAUUGACGAGGCUCCAUGGAUGAAGAGACUGGCAGUGUUCUCUCAGCCGAUCGUGAGCAGAGCGAAGCCUGAAAUGCUCAAGUCUCACUUCAUCCCCACCAUGGAGAAGCUGAAGAAGCGAACUGCAAAGGUUGUGGCUGAGGAGGAGCACCUGCGCAUGGAGGGCAAAAUGGAGGGUGACGAGGAGGAGGGAACCAUACGGGACGAGUUUGCUGUCCUCUGCAGAGAUCUAUAUGCCCUUUACCCUCUGCUUAUUCGCUACGUCGACAACAACAGAGCGAGGUGGUUAACCUGUCCUGACCCUGAUGCUGAGGAACUGUUCCGUAUGGUGGGAGAGGUCUUUAUCUUCUGGUCCAAAUCUCAUAACUUUAAGCGUGAGGAGCAGAACUUUGUGGUUAUGAACGAGAUAAACAACAUGUCCUUCCUCACCGCUGACAGUAAGAGUAAGAUGAGUAAGGCCGGAAACACUGAGGCUGGUGGCUCUGAUGUAGAACGCACUAAGAAGAAGAGGCGUGGAGAUCGUUACUCUGUGCAGACCUCUCUGAUCGUGGCUGCGCUGAAGAAGAUGCUUCCCAUCGGACUCAACAUGUGCUCUCCUGCUGAUCACGAGCUCAUUAACCUCGCCAAGUUCCGCUAUUCUCUGAAAGACACAGAUGAAGAGGUGAGAGAGGUUCUUCAGAACAACCUGCAUCUUCAGGGCAAGGUGGAGGAUCCUUCCAUGCGAUGGCAGAUGGCUCUGUACAAGAUGAUGGCAGGAAAGGCAGAUGAUGCUGACGCUCCUGAGAAAGUGGUGAAGAGAGUGCAGGAGGUUGCAGCAGUGCUUUACCACAUCGAGGUGACGGAGCAUCCCUUCAAAUCCAAAAAGAUGGUUUGGCACAAGCUGCUGUCCAAACAGAGACGGCGUGCCGUGGUGGCCUGCUUCAGGAUGACUCCACUGUACAACCUGCCCAGCCAUCGAGCCUCCAACAUGUUCCUUGAUGGAUAUAAAAGAAACUGGCUCAGAACUGAAGGCCUCUCGUUUGAAGACAGGAUGAUCGAUGACCUAUCAAAAGCCAUGGAGGAAGAGGAGGAGGAAGAGGAGGAGAAGGAGACGAAGCCCGAUCCUCUACAUCAGCUCAUCCUUCACUUCAGCCGCACGGCUCUCACAGAGAAAAGCAAACUGGAUGUGGAUCAUCUGUACAUGGCGUACGCUGACAUCAUGGCAAAGAGCUGCCACAUUGGUGAGGAGGAUGAAGGUGGGGAUGAAGAUCAGGAGGGAGAUCAAGAGGAAAUGUCGUUUGAGGUGCGACAGUCAGAGACGGAGAAAGAGAUGGAGAAACAGAGGCUCCUGUAUCAACAGUCUCGUCUACAUAACCGUGGAGCUGCAGAGAUGGUGCUGCAAAUGAUCAGUGCAUGUAAAGGUGAAACUGGCUGCAUGGUGUCAUCUACUCUAAAGCUGGGGAUCUCCAUCCUGAACGGGGGGAACAGUGAUGUGCAGCAGAAAAUGUUGGAUUAUCUGAAGGACAAAAAGGACGUUGGCUUUUUCCUCAGCAUGCAGACUCUGAUGCAGACCUGCUGUGUGUUGGACCUGAACGCUUUUGAGAGACAGAAUAAGGCUGAAGGUUUGGGGAUGGUGUCAGAGGAGGGAACAAACAUGAAGCUAGAACGGGGUGAGAAAGUGAUGGCUGAUGAUGAGUUCACCUGUGACCUGUUCCGCUUCCUACAGCUGCUCUGUGAAGGACACAAUAACGAUUUCCAGAAUUAUCUCAGAACACAGACAGGGAGCACUACAACCAUCAACAUCAUCAUCUGCACUGUCGAUUACCUGCUGCGCCUACAGGAGUCCAUCAGUGACUUUUACUGGUAUUACUCUGGUAAAGAGAUCAUAGACGAGCCGGGAAAGAGAAACUUCUCUAAAGCCAUGACUGUGGCCAAGCAGGUGUUCAACACACUCACUGAGUACAUACAGGGUCCCUGUACAGGUAAUCAGCAGUCUUUAGCUCACAGCAGGCUUUGGGAUGCUGUUGUUGGCUUUCUUCAUGUUUUUGCCCACAUGAUGAUGAAGCUGGCUCAGGACUCGAGUCAGAUCGCUCUGCUGAAGGAGCUGCUGGACCUGCAGAAGGACAUGGUGGUCAUGCUGCUUUCUCUGCUCGAGGGCAAUAUAGUAAACGGCACAAUUGCUCGUCAGAUGGUGGACAUGCUGGUCGAAUCUUCCAGUAAUGUUGAGAUGAUCCUCAAGUUCUUUGAUAUGUUCCUCAAACUGAAAGACAUUGUUGCUUCUGGCUCUUUCCGUGACUGUGUAACCGAUCCCCGAGGACUGAUCUCCAAAAAGGACUUCCAGAAAGCCAUGGACAGUCAAAAACAGUACACGCCCUCAGAGAUCCAGUUCCUUCUGUCCUGCUCUGAAGCCGACGAGAACGAGAUGAUCAACUACGCGGAAUUCGCGAGCCGAUAUCAGGAGCCGGCAAAAGACAUCGGGUUCAACAUCGCAGUGCUCCUGACAAACCUUUCCGAGCAUGUCCCGCACGACACCAGGCUUAAGAACUUCCUGGAACAAGCCGAGAACGUCCUGAACUACUUCAGACCGUUUUUGGGAAGGAUCGAGAUCAUGGGUGCGAGCAGGAAGAUCGAGAGGAUCUAUUUCGAGAUCAGUGAGGUCAACAGAAAGCAGUGGGAGAUGCCUCAGGUCCGAGAGUCCAAACGGCAGUUUAUUUUCGACGUCGUCAACGAAGGCGGAGAAUCUGAGAAGAUGGAGCUUUUUGUAAAUUUCUGUGAGGACACCAUCUUUGAGAUGAACAUUGCCUCACAGAUCUCAGAGAAGGAUGAAGAAGAGAAAGAAGAAGAUGAUGAGGAAGUAGAUGAAGGAAAUGAGACAGGAGGAGGUGGAGCUGAUGAUGAAGAUGGUGAUAAAAGCCAAUCAGAGUCGAGCUCCGCUUUUGCAGACUUCCUGAACAGCGUGGUUCACUUCAUGGGCAUGUUCACCUUCCGUAAUCUGCGCAAACAGUACAGACGGCUUAGAAAGAUGACCAUCAAAGAGAUCAUCUUCGGUAUUGCUACCUUCCUCUGGACCAUCUUAUUGGGUGUGUUCUUCUUCAUUUUCAGCCUGUGUAAAGGUUUCUUCCUGAUUGUUUGGCACACGCUUUUCGGAGGCAGUUUGGUUGAAGGAGCCAAAAACCUCACGGUGACUGAACUCCUGGCCAGCAUGCCUGACCCCACUCAGGACGAAGUGCAUGGAGACCUUCCUGGAGAACCAGGAAGUGGUGAAGAACAGGAAACUGGAGGAGUAACGGAUUCUACUGAGGCAGCACAAGGAGAAGAAGAAGAUGAAGACAGCACAGAGCAAGAUGUAGGAAAAAUCCCAGGUAUUGAUACCCCUGGGGGUCUGGGAGAUAUGGGAGAUACGACUCCUCUUGAACCACCAACUCCAGAGGGUUCUCCUUUAACCAAGAGGAAGAUGCAGCCAGAGGAAGGAGGAACCGAGCAGGUAGAAGCUCCUGUAGAGCCUCCACCAGAGCCAGAGAAAUCUGACACUGAAAAUGGAAAGAAACUGGAGAAAGAAGCUGAGCAGAAGACAGAGGAGCCACAGGAACAAGUCCGGGUCCAGAAGCGCAGCAAGGCUAAGAAAGAGAAACCGAGAGUCCGAGACGGAGGAUUUGAGCUGUGGAACGAGCUGGACGUCCAGAGGAAUAAAUUUAUGAAUUAUCUGUCUCGCAACUUCUACAACCUCCGUUUCCUGGCUCUGUUUAUCGCCUUUGCCCUGAACUUCAUCCUGCUCUUCUACAGGGUGUCAGACACACCUCCAGGUGAUGAGCUUGAAGGUGUGUUUGAGGGUUCUGGGCUUUUUGAUGGUUCGGGUGAACAGCUGGAUGGCUCUGGAUCGGAUGAUAUGGGGGGUGAUGAGGAUGAUGAUGGUGAUGAUGAAGGCCCUGUGUAUUUCUUUCUGGAGGAGAGCACAGGAUACAUGCAGCCCACUCUGUCCUUCCUUGCCAUCAUACACACCGUCAUCUCCUUCAUCUGCAUCAUCGGAUACAACUGUCUCAAGAUACCACUGGUGAUCUUUAAGCGAGAGAAGGAGCUGGCGAGGAAGCUGGAGUUUGAUGGUCUUUACAUCACUGAUCAGCCUGAAGACGAUGAUAUUAAAGGACAGUGGGACAGACUCGUGCUCAACACACCCUCGUUUCCUAAUAACUACUGGGACAAAUUUGUCAAACGCAAGGUCCUGGAUAAAUAUGGUGAUAUAUACGGACGAGAGCGAAUCGCAGAGCUGUUGGGGAUGGACCUCGCCACGCUGGACGUCAGCAAACAACAGUCUGAGAAAAAACCACAAGAACCAGAUAACUCCAUGUUCGCCUGGAUCGCUGCAGUUGAUAUGAAGUAUCAGGUGUGGAAGUUUGGGGUCGUGUUUACAGACAACACGUUUCUCUACCUGGUGUGGUACACGGUGAUGUCGCUGCUCGGACACUACAACAACUUCUUCUUUGCGUGUCACCUGCUGGACAUCGCCAUGGGCGUGAAGACUCUGCGCACCAUCCUGUCCUCCGUCACUCACAACGGCAAGCAGCUGAUGAUGACAGUGGGUCUGUUAGCCGUGGUUGUGUAUCUCUACACUGUGGUUGCAUUUAAUUUCUUCCGCAAAUUCUACAACAAGAGUGAGGAUGAGGACGAACCUGACAUGAAGUGUGACGACAUGAUGACAUGUUAUCUGUUCCACAUGUAUGUUGGAGUGAGAGCAGGUGGAGGUAUCGGUGAUGAGAUUGAAGAUCCAGCAGGUGAUGAGUAUGAACUUUACCGUGUAGUUUUCGACAUCACCUUCUUCUUCUUUGUCAUCGUCAUUCUGCUGGCCAUCAUUCAGGGUUUAAUUAUCGAUGCCUUCGGUGAGCUGAGAGACCAGCAGGAGCAGGUCAAAGAAGACAUGGAGACUAAAUGUUUUAUCUGUGGAAUUGGGAGUGAUUACUUUGACACGACUCCACACGGCUUUGAGACACACACCUUAGAGGAACACAACCUGGCCAACUACCUGUUCUUCCUGAUGUACCUGAUCAACAAAGAGGAGACAGAGCACACAGGGCAGGAGUCAUACGUGUGGAAGAUGUAUCAGGAACGCUGCUGGGAUUUCUUUCCUGCUGGUGACUGUUUUAGAAAGCAGUAUGAGGAUCAGCUGGGAUAAAUUCACACACACACACACACACACACACACACACACACACACACACACACACACACACACACACACACA